AAAAAAUUAUCAGUAACUACAGAUAAUGCUUUGAAUAUGGAUGUGUUUGGAUGUAAAUUUGCACAUUUGCUUUUAGAUAAUCAUGAAAAUAGAUUAUUUCAUCGUAUUAGGUGUGCAGCACAUGUUUUAAACCUAAUAGUAAAAGAUGGUCUUGAUGUAGCUGGAUCUUCAAUUAAAAAAUUUAAAGAAUUUACAUCAGCUAUACAUGAAAAAAAAUUAGAUAAAUAUUGGGAUGAGCUUAAAACUACUUUUAAUGAAGCUGUAAUUCUUGACCCAAAUAACAAGCUAAUGCCAUUCGAUAUUGAAGAGAAAAGGUAUGAAGCAUGCAAUGCUAUUUAUACAACUUAUGAAACAAACUAUGCAAUCAGAAGUGAUAACAUUUCGAUAACAAAACCUUCUGGAUCAGAAACUUCUUAUGGUUAUUUUCACAAGAAAUAUGGUGUAUCUAUAAAUCAUGAUGAUAUUCUUAAAGAAUAUCUUGAUUUACCUGUUGAAGAAAUUAAUAUUCUUGAUUACUGGAAAACUAAAUCUAAAAAUUCUCAAUGGGUUCAACUUGCUUGUAUGGCACAUGACUACUUAGUAGUUCAAGCAAUAAGUAUGGCAAGUGAACAAAUGUUCAGCAUAGCCAAAUUUACUAUUAGUCCAACUAGAAAUCGUCUUGAGCCAGAAAAGGCCUGUGCUUCUCUUUGUCUUAAAACUUGUUCAAACACUGAUGAAAUGAGUGUUGAUGAAUGUCAUCAAGUAAUAGCUCAGUUAAGAGAGCUAUAUAAAGAACAGCAUGAAGCAAAUAAGCAAUUAACUAAAUGGUAG